ACUCUCGCUCGCUCCCUCACGACCUGCUCACGAGUCACGACUCGCUUAGGGUUUGGGGCCUUGGGAGCGGGCGACCAGGACUGCUACGAGCUGCUACUGCUAGGUGCUAGCGGCUGGAGGCACGCGCACAUCGCCAAGGACCGGGAGCGUGCGGGUGCGGCCGGCGGCCGGGGGCCGGCGGCGUCUCCGCGUCUGCAGAGGGCACGGCCGCACGGAGGCCGGAGCUGCGGAGCACGGGAGCAGAACACUGGGCGACCACUGCGGCACCGCCGGAGGCCGGAGGCGGAGCGCGUGCUGCGGCCUGCGAUCUACGACUGCGACCGGACCAGGCAAGAUUCGCCACUGGCUGGGCGGGGUCGUUGCUGCCAUGGAGGCUCAGGCGAUGGCAACGGUGAAGGAGGCGCUCGCCGCGCUGUACCACCACCCUGACGAUAGCAUCCGCACCGCCGCCGACCGCUGGCUCCAGGAGUUCCAGCACACGCUCGAUGCCUGGCAGGUAGCUGACAGUUUACUUCAUGAUGAAAGAAGUAAUUUAGAAACUCUCAUCUUCUGUUCUCAGACCCUCAGAAGCAAGGUACAAAGGGACUUUGAAGAGUUACCCUCGGGAGCUUUCCGAUCGUUACAGGAUUCUUUAUAUGCUUUGCUGAAAAAGUUUAAUAAGGGACCAGCAAAAGUAAGAACACAGAUUUGUAUUGCAAUUGCUGCUCUGGCCGUGCAUGUACCUGUAGAGGACUGGGGAGCUGGUGGAAUUGUGAAUUGGCUAAGCGAUGAGAUGAAAGCUCAUCCAGAAUUUAUUCCAGGCUUCCUUGAACUGCUGAUAGUUUUGCCACAGGAAAUUUCUAGUUAUAAAAUUGCAGCUCGUCCUGAAAGGCGCAGACAGGUUGAGAGUGACCUUUGUACAUCUGCAAAUGUUGCCAUUAGUUUAUUAACUGCUUGUAUGGCUAUUGAUCAGCUGAAAGAACAGGUUUUGGAGGGAUUUUCUUCUUGGCUUCGUUUCUGUCACGGAAUCUCUGCUUCUGAACUUGCAUCACAUCCUUUGGUCCAUAUGGCACUCUCUUCAUUGAACUCUGAUCAAUUUUUGGAGGCAGCUGUAAAUGUUACAUCUGAAUUGAUACAUGCUACUGUAUCUUAUGGCUCUGGUACUACCGCUGAACAAUUGCCGCUGAUUCAAAUUCUUGUCCCUCGUAUUAUGGGUCUGAAUGAGCUGCUCAAAGAUCCAUCUAAGGAUGAAGAAGAUGUAAAAGCUAUUGCUCGUUUAUAUGCAGACAUGGGUGAAUCCUAUGUUGACUUGAUUGCAGCAGGUUCAGAUGAUUCCAUUCAAAUUGUGAAUGCACUGCUAGAAGUUACUUCUCAUCAGGAGUUUGACAUUUGCUCUAUGACAUUUAAUUUCUGGCACCGUCUUAAGCGUAACCUGAUCAGGAGGGAAUCUUAUGUAUCAUAUGGAUCUGAGGUGCUAAUUGAAGCUGAGAGAAACAGAAGAUUGCUAAUAUUCCGUCCUAAAUUUGAAAGUCUGGUGUCUCUGGUCAGUUCCCGAGUUGAAUACCCUGAGGACUACCACACAUUUUCAGAGGAGGACUGCAGGGAUUUCAGACAUGUUAGAUACGCUGUUAGUGAUGUGUUACUUGAUGCAACCGAUGUUCUCGGCGGUGACUCAACACUAAAAGUACUUUCCACGAAACUAGCUCAGGCAUAUGGAAGCUGCAACACUAAGCAGAACAGCAAGUGGCAACCUGUAGAGGCUGCCCUGUUCUGUAUACAAGCAAUUGCGAAAUCAGUCUCACUUGAAGAGAGAGAAAUUUUACCACAGGUUAUGUCACUGCUUCCCUGCCUUCCUCACAAUGAGCAGUUGCUGCAAACAGUUUGUUCGACCGUUGGGUCAUUUUCAAAAUGGAUUGAUGCUGCACCAGCUGAAUCAUCCAUUCUCCCACCUUUAGUUGAUAUUCUCAAUAAGGGUAUGAGUACAUCAGAGGAUACAGCUGCGGCUGCUUCUGUGGCAUUCAAGUAUAUAUGUGAAGACUGUAGGAGAAAGUUUGCCGGGUCCUUGGAUGGCCUCUUCCAGAUAUACCAUAUUGCAAUCAGUGGAGUUGGUGGUUAUAAAGUUUCUUCAGAGGAUUCAUUGCAUUUGGUUGAAGCCCUAAGUGUGGUUAUUACAACGCUUCCACCAGAAUCUGCUAGAACAGCCCUGGAGUUAAUCUGCCAGCCAGUAAUCAACCCCUUGCAAGAAUUAAUCCAGCAAGGUGAUCAAAUUCUUCAACAAAUCCCUGCUCGACAGUUAACCGUACAUAUAGACCGCUUAUCGAGCAUUUUCAGCAAUGUAAAACAUCCAGCAGUAGUUGCUGAAGCUGUAAAUAGAUAUUGGCCAAUACUCAAAACUAUCUUUGAUCAGCGAGCAUGGGAUACACGUACCAUGGAGUCAGUAUGUCGAUCUUGCAAAUUUGCUGUAAGGACAUGUGGAAGGGCCAUGGGAAUGACGAUUGGUGCAAUGCUUGAAGAAAUCCAAACUCUUUACCAACAACACAAGCAGUCUUGCUUCCUUUACCUAUCCAGUGAAGUUAUCAAGAUAUUUGGGUCUGAUCCAUCUUGUGCGGAUUAUCUUACUAACUUGAUACAAAUACUUUUCAACCAUACAGUUCAGCUUCUCAGAACAAUUCAAGAUUUUACAGCUAGACCAGAUAUAGCUGAUGAUUGCUAUCUGUUAGCGUCAAGAUGUAUUCGUUACUGUCCCAAUCUAUUUGUACCUACAGAAAUGUUUCAAAGAUUGGUUGACUGUGCAAUGGCUGGUAUAACUAUACAACACAGGGAAGCAUGUAAAUCAAUAUUGUCUUUUCUAUCUGACGUCUUUGACCUUCCAAACUCAUCUGAUGGGGGGAAUUACCGAGAAUUUAUUAACACAAUCGUACUUCAGCGUGGUGCAACCAUUACUAGAAUAAUGAUUGCUGCCUUAACAGGAGCGUUGCCAUCUGGUCGUUUGGAAGAGGUAUCUUAUGUUCUGCUGUCACUUAGCAGAGCUUUUGGUGAGAACAUGCUGAAUUGGGCGAGGGAAAGCAUUAAUCUUAUACCACCACAAGCUCUAACAGAUGCAGAACGCUUGCGUUUCUUGAACAUCAUAUCUGACGCUGCAUCUGGGUCUAGUCUUCAUACCAUAACAGAUAGAUUUGGAGAAAUUUCAGAUGUUUGUAGACGAAAUAAAACUGUGCAAGACCUGGUUCAAAGUGCCUUGCGGCCUCAUGAUUUGACCUUCACUGUGGUUCCACAACAGCUGUCAUAACUGGCUGUCUCUGCAAGGCUUGAGUUGUGGCGCUAUACAGUUCAGAUUUGUUUAGAGCAUAGAUAGGUCAGUAGCCAUUGUAAUUCUUUCGUGUUCCGCCUUUGUACAUGUGCCAUACAUUGUGUAUGCGGGGGGGAUAGAAGUUGUGUUGUAUUAUCUCGAAAGCAGUGUUAUACCGGCAGAUCACACGGAAUGGUGAUCUACCAUGGGCCUGAUUUUACGUUGGCCGGCCAGCUUCUUUUUUGUAGAGUGAGGUGGCCAUCAAUUUUAUUUUGUAUACUUGUUAUACUGACUGCUGAAGGGUUUCAGGAAGAUCCUGUUUCUGUUCUCUCGAUCCCAUGUAUACUUACUAUAGCGAUUGUAUGAGCCCCAAAUGUGAUCGCCUUCUGUCUUGCUGAAUAAACACGCUAAGCUGUCCUUUUAUCGAGGGCAGGCGUUUGAA